UUUGUUUGUUGCAUCUGCAUCUACGACGGCUGUUACGACUGUAACUACGACUAUACCGAGGGAAAGGCAUGCGAAGAGAAAAUAGGCACUGGUAUUGAUUAAUCAACGUCAUUAUAUUGACGGCUUGCUGGUGCUGCGGUGCUGAUUGAUGUGAGAGCUGAGUUGAGCUGAAAGAAGAGUUACACACACCUUGGUAGUCAACUCUCGGCUUUGAAAGGCCUACAAACAAUACACCACAGCAUACACGCGCAAAGCGACUAAUCGCCACGAUGGGUGCCAAACAGAGACUACUCAAGGGCAUCUUCAGUCGCAAAAUCGCCAUCGAAGACAACACCAUCACCUCCGCCGCAAACCUCACCCUCCGCCAAUCCAUCAUCCCCAAUCUCCUUGUCACAAUCCUCUUCUUCCUCUGGGGCUUCGCCUACGGCCUCCUCGACGUGCUCAACAACCACUUCCAGCAACAGCUCAACAUCACCGCCUCCAAAGCCUCCGGCCUGGCCGCCGCCUACUUCGGCGCCUACUUCCUCUGCCCCCUCACCAUCUCGGGCUGGAUCUUACGCCGCUACGGAUUCCGCAUAACCUUCAUGUCCGGCCUCUCCGUGCUGGCCAUCGGGUGUCUGCUCUUCUGGCCCUCUGGGGUAAAACGGUCAUUCGGCGGAUUUUGCGGUAGUAUGUUCGUCGUCGGCGCCGGGCUCUCGACCUUGGAGACGGCAGCGGAUCCGUUCCUGGCGAUCUGUGGACCGCCGAGGUAUUCAGAGGUUCGGCUGAAUUUGGCGCAGGCGGUGCAGGGGGUGGGGAGCUUCGUGGCGCCGCUGUUGGCCGCGAGGGUGUUCUUUCGGCAUGCGGAGUCGGAGGCGGGGUUGACGAAUGUGCAGUGGACUUAUUUGGCUGUUGCGUGUUUUGUGGCGCUGUUGAUUGUGUUGUUUGCGCUUGUGCCGAUGCCGGAGAUUACUGAUGCUGAUAUGGCGGAGCAGGAGACUGAGAUUGUGGGGGAAGAUGUCGGCCCGCUAAGGAAGCAGUAUAAUCUCUUCCUCGGCGUAUGGAGUCAGUUCUGGUAUGUGGGUGCGCAGGUCGCCAUUGCUGGUUACUUUAUCAACUACUGCAUAGAGGCAGGCAAGACGUCCACACAGGGAUCCGACCUCCUCGCCAUUGCCCAAGGCCUCUACGCCGCAAAUAGAUUUAUUGCCGCGGGUCUCAUGACUAUCUCUUUCUUUAGGCCGCGCUUCAUGUUAGCCGCCUACCUGGGCAUGUGCGCUGUCUUCUCGAUCGCCGCCAUGAACACCCAGGGCGAUGCAGGUAUUGCGCUUUUCAUCAUGAUCUUCGUAUUCGAGUCGUGCUGCUUCGCUACUAUCUUUACGCUGGCGCUUAGAGGGAUCGGUAGGCAUACGAAGAGGGGGGCGAGUUUCUUGGUUUCGGCGAUUUCGGGUGGUGCCGUCGUACCCCCGAUGAUGGGAGCGGUAGUAACAGCCCACAACGCUCACUUCGCCAUGAUCAUCCCCUUCAUGGGUUAUGUCCUUGCCUAUGCCUUCCCGAUAUACGUCAAUUUCUUCAAUAAGGACGCCAUGGACAGCCAUCGUGAGACAGACCUCAAUGUCAUUCCCCGUGAGGGUGCGGGUGGUGAGAAGGAGGCGGGGGUUGUGGAGGAGAGGGAGAAUAAUGCUGCGCCUCCUGCUUCUGCGGGUAAGGAAUAAUGUACUUUUGUGAGUUGGGUGGAACUGGGGCGGUGGGAAGUGGGUUAUAGUAACUAUUAGUUAUCGAAUACGGGAAUGCCAUUCUAUUCCGAGC